AUGAAGUACAUUGAUCAGCCAGCGCUCUCUCGUCUCGCCCAGUCACUCACCCACGAGGGGCCGGAAUGCUCUGUAUAUACUCGAAUAGAGGUGUAUAGCUGCAAGAACGUCAAGCGCGACAAGAAGCUGUUUCGAUCGCUCGAGGAUGCCUACAAGGACGAGGCAGCCCAUUCACCGUCAGUUCCUUCUUGGCUCGCUCUCGACGAGCCGGAGAUGACCCCUUUCGGACCCAUCGACAAGCAUGCGUCGCGGAAGACACUCUACCUCCUCAUUGCCACCCUCAACAUCGCUUUUCCUGACUAUGAGUUCUCGGAUGUGCGACCCGGGCAUUUCAACAAAGAAGAGAGCGGAGCGGCGGUACUCAACGCCCUCAGCACGACACUCGUAGCACCACACCGUGCCGGCGUCAGUGCACCGCGUACGUAUUCGUCCUACCCGCCCACGUCGUCCGACUUCUUUCCCGAGCCGAAACCCACGUCGUCCUCGCCCGUCAACAGCUUCCUCCAAAGCCCUUAUGCGCCGCCCCUGAUAGAGUCUGGCACGCACCCGUUCAUCUACCGCCUCCUCGAUGACGUGAUAGGCCUCUCCGAGUGCGAGGUCUUCUCGUACGUACCAGAGAUAGAGGCUGAUCCCCAUGGCAGCGACUUGAGCGACGACGACGAUUAUCCAGCCAGUGAUGAAGCUGAGUCGACAGAUGAGGAAGAGGUGUUCGAGUUUGACGACUAUAAUGUUGACGAGGCCAAGUCAGCGCCUAUACCUAUGAUGGCGCGCCGUCGGUCGGAUGAUAGUCUCAAGUCCGGCCUGACGCGGAGGCGCCGUGGGGCGCUGUUGUGGUCAUCUCACUGGUUCUUUCUGAAUCGCAAGCAGAAACGUAUAUUGUUUAUCUCGGUGUGGGCGAGGACGAAGGGCAAGGGAAAUAUAUGGAUGGGUGGGGAGAAGACAGGCUAUAGGUGGUCGAGUUCUGUGGAUUCAGGUUCGGAGAGGUUUUUAGGGUGGGAAGGAGCUACGGGUGCAGGUGCUCGUGCUCUGGGGUUGACGACAUCGCUGUGA